UUCUCUUUCCAGAAAUGAAAGCCCGCCCAUAAAACCCACAGCCAUUUUCAAACUUUUAGAUCCCCUCCGGACCCCGGUGUAUAUAGGGGUGUGUGUGUGUGAGAGACUAAUUUUCAGAAAUAGCUGAUCGAAAGUCGAAGCCUGCUGCGAACUUCGCAAGUUGGAAAAAAACGUCGGCAGGUUGAUUCAGUUUCAAGUUACGCCGGAGUCUCUCCGUUGGCUGAAUAGGCGGACAAGUAACACCACUCUAUUGGCGGUUUCCGUCUCGCGUUCUCUUUCUCCGGCGAAUUCGAGCUGUAAGUGUUUGCAGAAAAUUUCUCCAUUCAAUGGCCAGAAAGAGAGGAAGAACUUGCAAAAAGAGUCAAAAAAUCACGAAGGAUGCUCAGGAGAAGCAUCAAGUGGAAAAGGAAGAUGAUAUAUUAAUCAAUCACGAAGCUCAAUUAUUGUCCCAUCUUUUUCUAGUUGAACGUCAAAGUGCUGCAAUUAGGGCCAUUCGUGAUGUGGAGACAGAACAAUUACUAACUCAGCUGUGUUUGCUUCGGUCGAAUUUCAAUGAAGAACAGCUGCAAAUUCCAGUAAUGCAAUUUUUUAGGGAAAACCUUCCGAACCUAGCUGUUACUAGGAAAGAGGAUGGCACUCAUGAAGUGAAAUGGAAGGAGGCUGAUGAUAAUCUAAGCAUCGACCAACUUGAUGGAAGAUAUCUGCCUGCUUCUCUUCUACAACAGCUGUCAAUGGCUUACCCUGCUUGCUCCAAUGCCAUACCAUCAUUUGGUGGAUUUGGACUUUCAAGCAAAUCCGUUAAAGCAACUCUAUUUGGUGCUGAAAACAUGGAGAUCAAGCAAUUCGUUCUAGAAGAGCCAUCUGAUGCUCAGAUGUUUGAGCUGCAGGAUACUCAUCAGACUCCUGGUGUGAAUAACAAUCAAUUAUCUGUUGGGAUGACACCCAAAACUCUAAGGCUUCCUAAGACCGGAGAAGUGCUUCUAUCGGUGCAUGACUCUCCUCUUGGUGUUUACAAGGAAGACAACAUGGAACCAAUACAUGAUCAGAAGAUGGAUGAAUGGCGUGCAGUGAUUUUAUUAGAUUGGAAUAGAAGAUAUAGUUCCUCAUUGUAAAUAAAUGUGCUAAACUGGUGGACACUUGACUUAGAGAGAUCUCAGACAACUAGGAAGAGAUAAUAUCACCCAUAAAGUGUCCACAUGCUUCUAAUUGUCUUACUAGAGCUAUAUUGAUGAGCCAUUGUACAGAUUAUGAUAGAAACUAUUCUAAUAUUGAUGAAAAGAUUGGAUUA